AUGAAUCAAUAUUUGGAUUUUUCCUUUGGCCUUCUAGGCAACAUUGUCUCCUUCAUGGUGUUUCUUGCACCAGUGCCAACAUUUUACCAAAUUUACAAGAGGAAAUCGACGGAAGGGUUCCAAUCAGUCCCAUAUGUAGUUGGUUUGUUCAGCGCCAUGCUGUGGAUAUACUACGCCUUCCUCAAGACCGACACCAUGCUUCUUAUUACAAUCAAUUCGGUUGGAUGCUUUAUUCAGACAGUAUACAUUACCUUAUACUUAGUCUAUGCACCAAAAAGUGCUCGGAUGCAAACAAUGGUCCAUGUUGUUGUGUUAAAUAUGGUGGGCAUGGGACUAAUUGUUCUGUUGACACAUCUUCUAUUGGUGGAAUCCUCAUCCCGUGCCACCGUCGUUGGAUGGAUUUGUCUUGUCUUCUCCAUAUGCGUAUUCAUUGCUCCUCUAUGCGUCGUGAGACAAGUAAUACGAACCAAGAGUGUCGAAUACAUGCCAUUUCUUCUAUCAUUAUUUCUCACUCUCAGCGCAGUUAUGUGGUUCUUCUACGGCUUGAUUCGCAAAGACUACAACAUCGCUAUUCCAAAUGUUUUAGGGUUUACAUUUGGAGUGCUGCAAAUGGUGCUGUACUUAGUGUACAGGAAAGCUAAAAAAGUGGUCCAACUGGAGGGGAAGCUGAAUGAGAUAGUGUCAGCAGUACACAUGGAAGACACCAACAAAUGCUCUGAUGACUUGAAAGAGCAAAUUAUCGACGUUGUGAAGCUGAGUGCCGUUGCAGUUGUGUGUCCGGACAUCAUUCCAAAUAUUCCGAGGAUUGUGGAUGAGCAUGCAGCAGCAGCCAUAAUCAACUUGGAUCAAGAUGUCAAAAUCAGUACUGAUCCUAAAUCUCCUCAUCCUGACACUAUUUUCCACGAAAUGGAAACUAUCAAUUGA